UGAAACGAAUUUUUGAGGUUGAAAUGACAGAGAAGAUGAUUCUCCGCUUUUCUUUCGUGUUCUGCCAACUUAAUGCCUCCUCGAGUGCCAUCUCAUGGUUUCUCAUCCUUUAUCUCGUUCUACGCAUGUGCAAAGCCGACAUAUGCAGCUUCUUCAAAGUCUUUUGCAAUAAACCGAUUUAAAUGUUUACAUACCGCGACGCAACACGCCCUCGCUAGAACAUUAGCCCCUGCUAAACGUACCGGGGACAAGAGAGCGUUCCAUGCCACUGCGCCUCAUGGUGCACCCAAGGACCCUUAUGAAGUCCUGGGAGUAAAACGCGAUGCUUCAGCGGCCGAUAUUAAGAAAACGUAUUUUUCGCUCGCCCGUAAAUACCAUCCAGACACCAAUGCGGACAAGACAGCACAAAAUAAGUUUCUAGAAAUUCAAGAGGCUUACGAUAUUCUGAAGGAUGAAAAGAAACAGGCUGCUUAUGAUCAAUAUGGUUCAGCUUCUCAGCAACCUGGUUUCGAUCCAAAUGCGUUUUCUGGAUUCGGAGGCGCCGGUGGUGCUGGCUUUUCCGGUUUCCAAGAUUUUGCUUCCGCAUUUGGGGGAGGAGGACGCAAUGCUUCGUCGGACAUGUUCGAGCAACUAUUCAAUCAAUUUGGUAGCGGAGGGCGACGCAGAGGACCAGUACGAGGAGCAGACCUCGAAACAUAUCUCUCCAUCAGCUUCUUGGAAGCUUGUAAGGGUACGACACGCAAAGUUACGAUCUCUCCUGUAGUAAAUUGCGGUACCUGUUCCGGAAGUGGUUUGAAAGCUGGGGCCAAGAGGACAACGUGUACAACCUGCGGUGGCUCUGGUACUCGGACAUUUGUUAUAGACAGUGGUUUCCAAAUGUCGAGUACUUGUAACGCCUGUGAUGGAGUUGGCAGUACAGUCCCUCGCAGUGGUCAAUGCGGCAGUUGUGGGGGUGUUGGAAAGGUCAGGACACGGAAGACGGUCGACGUCUCUAUUCCUGCAGGAGUCGAGGAUGGCAUGGUUAUACGUAUUCCAAAUUCGGGCGACGCCCCAAUAACUGGCACAGGGACAGCGGGUGAUCUUCUUGUGCGGCUCAACGUUGCUUCUUCCAAGCAAUUCCAACGCCAGGGUUCAAACCUUUACCACUCAGUCAAGAUACCAUUACAUACGGCACUUUUAGGCGGGCGGGUACGCGUUCCCACUCUAGAUGGAGAUGUUGAUGUGCGUGUUCCCAGCGGUACCCAGCCAGGUGAAGAAAUGAAACUGAGGGGGCGAGGUGUUCCCCGCGUGGACCGGAAUGACACCGGCGACUUGUUCGUCACCUUUUCGGUAACGCUUCCCAGAUCUUUGACGGACAGGCAACGAAAACUACUACAAGAAUACGCAGAUGACGUUGAAGGACGUUCUACAAAUAAUGCAACUUCGGAAUCUCACAAAAAUUUGUCAGAGGGCGACGAUGAUAACGGUACGACUUCUUUCGAUUACCCUUCAGCCUCUUCUAGUGGCUGGGUAUCUCGUGCAAUUAAGACGUUACGAAGGCUUACUGGAUUUUGAUUUUUUAUCGGCAUGUCUUUUGUCGUUCGCCAUUGUUUCGGCAAUAUUUCUUAUAUCUUGUUUUGUUCGUUCGUCCAUCAGUCGUCAAGCCUGAGGAUGGCAAGCCGGCGGAUCUCAAGCAAGAGUCGAAGAAAGAGGAUGGAUCUCGGGAAGAGCAGAAGAGGGCAGCAGCAUGAUAAAAUAGAGUUAGCAUAGAUCUACGAACAUCAUAUAAUUUCUGUAAACAGUAGUUAUAGUUAGUGACGGAAUUAUAAACACAACUCAUACAGA